GUCAGGUUGGUGUUUUUAAAUGUUGUUUUCAGGAUCACUUUGGGGGUAAGGGAGUUUUAGUAAACCAAAGCCGAGCGCCGAAGGGCAAGAACCUGGACAUUUGUAUUAUUAAUGAAAACGGACUGAGGAAAACGCAACAACAGCCACAGAAAGGGUGUACACACCCCCUACAGAUCUGACAAGACGGAGAACAUUUGUAAAUUGUAAAACAUAAAAAAGACUUCCUAAUCAGCGACAUCGGAUUUCUUUGCAGAUCACCUGCUUAUCUGAAUUGUACUCCGUUGGGUUUUUUAUUUUUAUUUUUUAUUUUCCAAGGUGACAAAUGAGAGAUAUCUUCUACGUUACCUAAUUAUUUAUGGCAGUGUUUGUGGCUUCGAUUGCUUGUUCUAAAUCUUGGGACACUUGUUGAAAUGUCAGAACGUACGCUCAGCUGAAGUGUAAACAGACCGGACAGAAAACCGUCCACCUCUCUGUUCUGGACCAAUAACUACGAACCCGAAAAACCUUGUUUUUAGCAAACGGAGGAGUGUUUCAUGUAGUUAGCUUAGCUACGGCAAGCUAGCUUGCGAACUAACGAUACUUAUCCACCAGCAUUUGUUAUACACCGUAGUCGUCGUUGGAUAUUGUUCUAAGGAAUAAUAGCAAGCUCUGCAUAUUGAUGGGAAGGAUUUUCUUACACGGCGGAUUUGCAAAUUUGUUUGGGGAUUCUUCUUUUUACACCAAGGAACUCUUUCAACCAGUUCACCAACUUAUGCAUUUUCCCAUGUCCAGCAUUUGGCUACAUAAAGACGUUUGUUGUAACAUCGCAAUCUGAACGUUCAGCUAACGUUCGCGAACACAUUUUACUUUAUAAACCCUUAAAACGAAAUAUUUUGAUUGCAGUUGAAAAACCAGAAUUUAGUUUAAAUUAAAAGUGAUGUAACGUGAACUAGCUAUUUAUUUAUGGGAGAUAUUAUUUUUUGGUUGCAGGAUAGUUACCUGCAAUAUAAGAGCAUGUUUAUGAUUCGAAGAUGAAGGAAAUGGUGCAUCAAAAACGGCUAGAGAGUUAGCUAGCCAGUGUGCUGGCUAAACUGGUAUUCAAGCACGUUGACUUUGAGCACUUUUUUUAAAUUUUAAAUUUUUUAAAAAGUUAGCUGAAAAUGGUGGUACAGCAGUGGAGGUCGCUGUAAUAUUCAUAAAUGAUAAAACAGCGUGCAAGUUAACAGCAUUUGCAUUAAUUACGCAAAAGCUACCAAAUUAUACAGCUAUAUUAUUAUUUUUUGUACAAAUAUUUCUUAGCUAGUAGCCAGUUAGCCAAGUUUCCAAACACCGUUAUUGUACUUUGGGUAUAGACUUGAUGGAUUCGCAAAAAGAAAAAAGAAGAAUGGAUUAAGAAAACAUUGUUGAUAUUUCCCUCAAACUUUGCAACAUUUCAUUAAAUAAACUCGUGAAACUGUGCGGCCCUCACAAUGUCGGGAUCCCCGGGCUCUGGUGGUUCCAACCCAAGAAAAUUCAGCGAAAAGAUCGCGCUGCACAAUCAAAAACAGGCCGAGGAGACGCGGGCCUUCGAACAGCUUAUGACAGACCUCACCGUUUCUAGGGUUCAGUUCCAGAAGAUCCAGCAGCUACGCUUGAGUCAGACCCGGGCACAGUACUAUGGCGGGUCCCUGCCCAACGUCAACCAGAUUGGGAACACCACCGCAGAAUUCCAGAGCCCAUUCCCCGCUGGCCUGGACACGGUGCGAGGGACCCGCCACCACGGCCUGGUGGAGAGGGUCCAUCGCGACCGCAAUCGCAUCAACUCUCCGCACCGCAGGCCCGUGGACAAGCACGGCAGGCAGGUGGAAAGCUCUCCGUAUGGAACUGUGUACCUGUCUCCUCCCCCGGAUAACAGCUGGAGAAGGGAGCCGCAGCCGUGGAGCGAGGAGAAACGGCCGGGAUAUAGAUUAAUAUCGCAGCUCAACAGAACGAACUCUGACUCCGCCCUCCACACGAGCGCCAUGAGCCCCAAUCAGCAGGAUGCCUUCGGGAUGAACCAGCAGAUGGGCCGAGGGCCCCCACAGCGAAACGCAGCCAGUAUGAAUGAGACUGAGGUGGACGGCUCAGGAGAUGUCUUUUCCUUCCCUGCCAUGCCAGGUGACGAGGCCCUGAUUGGGGUCAGUAAGCCACUGCCCAAGCAGCUGUGGGAGGCCAAGAAGGUUCAGUCUCUCUCCUCACGCCCCAAAUCCUGUGAAGUGCCUGGAAUCAACAUAUUUCCUUCCCCGGAACCCAACGUGGGGCUGUCCCAUUACCAGGGGACGUUAAACACGGGCGGGUCGCUGCCCGACCUCAGCAACCUGCACUUCCCCUCGCCCCUGCCCACGCCUCUGGACCCUGACGAUGGCGGGUACCCCAACCUGAGCGGGGGGAGCAGCACUGGGAACCUGCCGGCCGCCAUGAUGCACCUGGGCAUCGGGAACUCGCAGGGUCUCUCCUCCUCCCUGAGCAACCCCUCGAUCCAGGCGUCCCUCAACAACUCCCAGCUGCACUCGUCUCUCAGUAACCCCUCCAUCCACUCGUCCCUGCGGCUGGCCUCCCUGCCCACCCCCCCUCCGGGGGCCCUGAGCAGCUCUCCCAGGCGACGGCCCACUCCCAUCAGCCCCCUCACUCUGUCCCCCGGGGCCGAGCAGCGCCGGGGCCUGGGCAAGCAGCUGUCCCCGACCAUGUCUCCCUCGCUGUCUCCCAUCACCCAGGGGGUGGCCUUGGACACCAGCAGCCUGCCCAUGGAGCCGCCCCCUCCGUACCCCCUGUACCAGCAGCCUCUGCAGCAGCAGGGCCACCCGGGCCUGCAGCAGAGCUCCCAGCAGCAGCAGCCUCUGUCUCCGCUGCACAGCCUGCACAUGGAUUUCAACUCCAGCGGGCAGAACAACAUGGGGGCGUUCUUCAGUGAUCCUUUCAUGGACCCGCAGUUUUCUAAUCGACAGUCAAAGUCUCUCUCCUAUCAGCUGGACCAGUUCAGCAUGCUGGAGAACGCCAUGAGCUCGGCGGCCGGCGGACCCUGCUUCGACCCGGUCUACUACUCCCAGGCGGCUCUGAUGGGGCUGGGCGGUAGCCACGGCCACCUGCCGGACUCUCUGCAGACCAGGCAGAACAUGCUGUACUCAAACUGUGGGGGCGGGGUCCCCAACAUCAUCCUGACAGACGACUCGAACCCCAGCCUGUCCAAGGACAUCAGCAGCGCGCUGUCGGCGGUGCCCGAGUGCCUGGGCCCGGAGGGGGGCUUCCCCCUGGAGGACGAGCUGCACAUCGAGCCCCUCAGCCUGGACGGCCUCAGCAUGCUGAGUGACCCUGACAUGGUGCUGCCCGACCCCUCGGUGGAGGACAGCUUCCGCAGCGACAGACUGUAGAGAGAGGGGGAGACCAGGUGUCUGUCCUCCCCCCGUCAGUGCCCAGUGAUACGCACGCACGCAUACACACACACACACACAUACACAUACACACACAUACGCGCACACACACUCACACGCUCACUGAAGUGCGCGUGGAAUACACAUUCACAUACUCGAUAGAAAGUGAGGCUGCAAACACACAGACACAGACUUUGUGGUCUGAACACAGACACGCCCCAUACACAGGGUCUUCACACCCUGGACACUGUACUGCCAUUCAAGACUGUGAUAUAGAGUGAACAGUCACACAGAUACUGAAGCAUAUGUUUGACUUGAAAACGGAAGAUUUAUAUCAUGUGUGGUUAUAUAUGCAUAUACACACACACACACACACACACACACACACACACACACACACACACACACACACACACACACACACACACACACACACACACACACACACACACACACACACACACACACACACACACACACACACACACACACACACACUGGGAAGAUGAGCCUGUAUGCCACAGGGGGCGUGUAGGCGUGUAAGACAUUAAUGUGUUCCUGCUUGGUCAACAUGAGCAGGACAGACCAGGCCCUGUCGCGAUAGGCUCUCACCCUGCUGUUCCCAGCCACAGAAAAAUAACCAAAAAGGGUCUCCUGUAGGGAGCAAGGUGAGGUGUCGGACUCCCUCUCGACUGUCAGACAUGGGUACUGCAGUCCUCGUUCCGGCUGGAGAUGGUCAGCUUUCCGGUAGGCCUCUGUUCCAGCUCACUCACGCAGUCAGGUCUCAUCUUUAGGGGGAAAGACGGGUCAUUCUUUUGCUCCGUGCUGAUGUGUAUUAGCAUUGAGCACUAUGGAAAGGAGUGGGUGAGUGAGCUGUCCCUCUAUUUUGGAUCAGUGGCUCCGGCCUGGGAUGUUGAAUGCCAUGUUCCAAGUCACCAGCAGGCACAUAGAGCCCCCUGAUGACAUCAGCACCAGAAGUUUACAAAAUGGCAGCUUUCUGCCUCCGUGUUUCAGGACCUGGUGUAUGCUACCGUGGCUGUAUCAGCACUUGUUAUGCCACAUUUUCUACACACAAAUGAGCCCCCAGCCAAAUACUCGCCAGUCCCUGAAAAGAAAGUACUUCAAAUUAAAAUCCCAUGGUUAGAUUAAAAAAAAAGAUCAAUACAAUAUGUUGAAAGUGAAGAAGCGAUUUAACUUUCUGUACAGAGCAUUCUUAUUUUUAAAGUGUCUUUGCAUAUAUAUAUUUUUUUGUACAAAGAAUAAAUGUUUGCCUCAGAUAAUCUUUGCAGUCAGCUUCAGAAUGUAUUUUUAAAAACAGACAAAAAGGGCAAACUGUUUACAAAGUUUAAAAACUUUAAAACAAAAUAAAAUGUAAUAGAUUGUGCUGAAAUUUCUAAGAAAAAAAAAAUGGUUAGAUAAUUUUUUGGUGUAAUUGUAAAGAAAAUAUAUUGUCUGGUCUCACCUGAACAGAUGCAACUUUACCCCUUUUCAAGAAAAGUGGACUGAUUUUACAGCGCUUUAACUUCAAUCUGGCUAUGCAGGACUCGACAGAGGGGUCUAUGAAAAAGCCGGGGCAUGCUUAGACCAUGAAAAAGGAACUGCUUUGCUUGUCCUUCUAGUACUAUGUAUCUAUACAGUGUAUUCUUUUUAAGGUUUUUAUACUGAAUUGUAAUGCAGCUCACAGCACACUAAACCCUGUGUUUCAGAUUUCAGACCCCGGAAAGCUCUGUUGUGGCAUGAAUUAACACCACGUCUGUCAGACCACAUAUUCCCUCUUCUCUUACUAUGAUCAGGUGCAUGAUGGGAUGUCUAAAGGCACUGUAUCUGUAACUAAACCUAUGAAUGAUACGGCACGUUUAUUGCAGUUCACUCAAUACCUGCAUGUAAUAUGCACUGAGAUUUCACCCAUAGUUUCAUUUCAAGGGAAAUUCUUAUUUUGCUCUAUGUGUUUGUGAUUUUUAUAAAAGUAUAAAGGCUGUUUAAAAAGGUAUCAGUUGCAGUCCAAACGUAGAGAUUAAUCUGACACCACCCACAGAUCAAGGCUGAAGGAGUUCCUUCCUUGAAUAUUGUUCCUACACUGUUUGAGAUAAGCAGGCUUCUGUCUGGGAAUAACUUGAUUCCAACGGGCAACUUGCUUGUGAUCAUGAUGUCCAUUUUGUCCAGAAUCCGUGCUCUGGCAUGUUUGUGAAAUCAAAGGUAAAGAUGAGAUUACACAACAUUCCUGGAGGCUGUAGGCUUAACAGAUAGACUGAAUACUUUUAAUGAAGUGGAUUGUCCUCCUCUUCUUAAUCUAAAGUGAAAUGACACCGGAUGUGAUGAACCUCACUGUGGUGUCCUAGUCGGUAACCAUUCGUUAACAAUUGCUGCUCGCAAAUGUGUUUAGCGCCCCCUGGUGUCCAUUUUUGUAGUUGCGUUUCUAUACAUUUCCCAGUAAUUAUCUUGGCCCACAGUGCGAGUCUGAACAGUGGUCAGUUGAUUUUGCAGCAUUCCAGAUAUACAGUAAAACAUGGGAAUGGUUUCCUGAGGAGAAUCAAAGGGCAUGGGGUGGUCUUGUCCCUCAGGUUUGCAUUGGGAACUGGGCAGUACUAAUCUUUUAAGUUACUGUUCAGUUCAAGAAUUAUCAUCUACAUAUCAUGUGUGCUGCCUCCAUUUCUGAUACUGUGCCUCGCUGCAAGAAUAAGAUUGUAAGCAAUGCGUUUUCUUAGAAUUACCGUAACAUUUUAUCAAACAUGGAUAUCCUGGAAGAAGCUCUGCUUUUUCCUCCGCUUUACUUCCAUUCAUGUGGAAAUGCACAACUACAGCCGAGCAUGAGAGGGAAAGGGAAAAGGUGGAACUACUGUAAGUUAAAAUAUUUUGUCUAUUCACAGAUUAAUUGUGUGAAUAUUACCUGUGCAGAAAAAGAUACUGUUUGACUUUGCAGUAGUUGCUUUUUCAUGUCGUUUAUGUUUUGAACUUUGAACUGCAGCAUUGUAUUUCACUUAUGUCUGUACAUAUUUGUGGAUUUGAUGGUGUUUUCCAGCUGUGACAGCAGAAUUGGGAGCAUGUUUGGAUUGCUUUAUAUCUGUGCUAUGGUGAGCUUUCUGUCGCCCUGUCAGCUGAUGUGUCUUCACCCUCUAUGCUCUGCCCUGUUCGUCUCUACCAAUGAAAAGCUCCAGAGUUUGUUCUACGCAAAUCCUCAAGGGCACUUAGUAGGGCUGGUGGGACGGAAGUAGAAAACAGCAGUGCGACCUCCCUAAACCUUCAGUUACUCUGGUCGGAUUGUAGUGAUUAUGAUUUAAUUUGAGGUGAGUUUUCCAGUUCCUACUGCCAAUGUGUGAAGUGUAGGGCGUGGUUCCGAUAAAGAGGCGGGUCUUCACUUUAACCCCCUCAUGUGGAAGGGCCCCGUCUACGAUUGCCUUACUAAACUGAACUUUGACCUCUAAUGUCCCUCUGCUACAACUGUGACACUCAUUGCGAGCCCUACUUCCAUUUAGCUGCAUUGCUUUUCUGCUUAUUUUAAUUUCUUUUUUGUGAUACUUUAUUAUUGAUGUUAGAGAUUUUUAGAAGUUAAUCAUUUUUGUUGUUAGAAGGAAUUCAAUUGUUCUUCCUUUUUUGUUUUGUUUGGUGUCUUACAACGUUUUAGUUACUUUUAAAACAAUGUACAGUUCUAUUAUUUAAAUAAUGUUUCUUGUCCACUAGUGUUACUACUUUUUGUAAUGUCAUUAUAAAUCUUUCUUUUUCAGAUAUUAAAAUUUUACUACACCACAAAGCUUUUGGUUUGUGACGUUAUAGUGCUUUACUUUGAUUUAAUAUAAACAAUAAAACUGUAUACAGUACA